GAGGUUCAGUUAUCUAGGAACAAGUGAUUGUUCUCUCAAACAAAGAAAGCGAAAGCCAAGCCAGAGUCCAGUCCACACUCCACGCUCUGAGUCUAAUAGUCUUUGGUCUUAUAUAUGGUCCACCCACAGUUUCUCACUACUCACUGCUCACUAGUCACUACUCUCUCGCUGUUCAGUCACACUCACUGUCUCUCUCUCUCUCUCUCUAUAUAUUAGAAUUUUCCCCUUCAAUUCUCAUUUCAUAUUCUUUCAAAGUUUCCUAGCUAGAAAGUCAUUUCUCUUUUACUCUCAGUUUCAACUUUCAAGAAAGGGAGCAGAGCAGAGCAGAGGCAGAGAGUAACGAUGUUUCGCAUGGCGAACCUCUUUCGCUACGUGGAGAUUUGUCUGGCUGUGGUUCUCUUCUCGUGGACCUUCACUCGUCUCCCCUUCGCCGUCAGACUCUCCGGUGAGUAUUUCCGGCAACUCUCAGCUUUCGUCUCGAGCCCUCUCUUCGUGUUCAUACUAUGCAAUGUCAUCAUCGUCACACUCAUAGUCAAAUCCGGCUGUUUCUCUGCCCAAAAACCUGUUGCUGACAAUGCCGAGGCUGCAAUCUACGAGGAACUCAUCAAACACGGCGGCGACAGCGCGGAGCCACCGUUGGAAACCGACCCUUCGGUCCUGACUGAGCCAUCGGGAUUGGUUGUCUACCAAGACAAACAGAUCGUCUUCGAAGAGAAGAAGAGCACUAUCAUAGGCGAAGCUGAAAUGGGUUCGGAUUCGAAAGUCUGUAGGAGGACUCAGUCGGAGAAGUUCGAGCGUGAGAGUUCGAAGAAACCUCGCCAAAAGCUCCGUCGUUCUGAGACGGAGAAGUGCAUGAAAGUUGCUCAGUCCGAUGAGAAUUCGCCGGAGAAAGAGUAUCCAAAGCUAAGCGACGAGGAGUUCCAGCGCACCAUAGAGGCCUUCAUUGCCAAGCAGUCUAAGUUUCAUCGCCAAGAGUCUCUCGCUAUUGUUGUUUCCAACCACAGCUGAUGAGUACAUGAACAAUGAAGUUGCUGUUUUGCACUUUUGUCAAUAUGCUAUGUACACUGUUAGUAACUUCUAGCUGAGAAAAAAAAAAAUCAAAUGAAAUUAACUUCUUUUAAUAUGUUAAA